AUGUUUCUGGACUAUUCUGGAUAUGAGGCUCUUACUGAAAUCAACUCUUCCUUUGGAAAGUAUGUUCUUCUAUUGCAACAAUUUGAAGGCUGUCGAAGUUUGAAAGAUCGGCUUCAAAUGCUUAAGGAUCUGGGGAGGGAAUUUAUGAUAUUCGAGAACUUGAAUGUGGAAGAUUUCAGAGAAUCUAAAAAUAUGAUUCACAGAUUUUAUACUAUGGUUAUUUCUUUAAGACAGAUUAUGGAAAUUGGGCCCUUAGUCAGGCGUAGCCCUGCUGUUUUAGUUGUGGAAUUCGAUUGUCCGGUAGAGGAUUGCCUAGAUGAACUGGAUCCGUUGCAUCCAUUGAACAGGGCCUUUAUAUUUAUUCAUAAACAAUGGACCUAUUAUCAUCAAUAUUAUAUAGUUGAAAAGGUAAAAAAGGUGAUUCUUGAUAUGGCCCCGGUAAAGGAAGAUGAUUGGAGCAUCCUUCACAAGGUUGUUUAUUCAGAAGGUUUUGUCGAAAGACGAUAUAAAAAGAAGAAAUACCUCGGUGAUAUUUACAUUCCACAACCAUUAAUGAAAAGCAAUAAAAUCACUACUAUCUCAAAUUUUUCCCAACUUACCAAAAUUUCCAACGUCAGAGUUUACAGAUUCAACGCUACAGCAGCGUGUGAUCCGCAGAACUUGAACAAAAAAAACUUGAGUAUCAAAGAGCUUAAAGAUAAAGACCUUCCUAAUCUUAUUUGGACUUUAGAACCAGAAAAAUUCUAUGUUGACAUGAGACCUUACAAGGAACACGAGGAAAGGAAAAAACGGAGAGAAGAAGAAGCCAAGGUGAGGAUGCAAGGUGAGGAACAGGAGAACAUUAUGAUAGAGAGAAAAAAAAUGGAUAGUAUUGAAGUUGAAGCGUCAUCAGGAUUGAAAAAUAUCAUAAAAACACCUCUCGCUAAUAGGGUUGUCAAUACUUUUAAUAACUGCGCUGCUGUGGUAAUAGGCUAUGUAACAGAAGUGGAUAAAGUAAAGGAUGACAAUGAAGAGAAAAAUAACGACAGACCUAAAAUUGCGAACGACGGAAUAGCUCAAAAGUCUAGAAGCGAAAGUGAAGAUAAUGCAGGAACACCGAUGGAAAACGCGUACUUUCAACCUGAACCCCAAGAUAAUGACCAAAACAACAUAUCUUGGAAUACCACUAUGAAAGAUAUUGAUCCAAUUUACAUGAGUGAAAGAUGUGCUAGAGUUUGGAGAAAGGAGCAACAAAUGCUAGGAUUGGAGAAGGCUCAGACAUUUGAGAAAAAAUAUUGUAAAGAUCAGAUGGUUAUGGACGAAAAUCAGGUCGAAGAACCUGGUAAGCACUCGGAGAGACAUACAAAAAAUCAGGUAGUUAGACCUAGGACCAAAAUAGCAUCUUCCGCCAGUAAAAAUGAUAAUAGUAAUAAUAAAAAUAGUAAAUCAUGCAAAAAUUGCCAUAAAGAGGAAGCGCACGGUCUAGUGAGAGAAUACCUUAAGAUUAAACUCAACAUAUCACCUCAUGGAGAAAGGAAUCAGCGAACAAAGGACAAGAGAAAAUGUAUAAUGAAAUACAAUGCGAGCAGUAACAACAUCAACAAAAUGCCUGGGGAGAGUGAAGUACUUGGGUCAACUAUUUUAACAGAUAUCCACUUUAAGGAUGUCGUAACUGUGAAAUUUAGGGAUUUUAAAGCCAAAUUUAGAAAAGUCAAAAUAAACGCUUGA